AUGGGUGACUACGUUAAAGUUUUCCAAGACGAAUUGAAAACUUUGGACCAAAAAUUUGCCGGAAACGGUCUGCUGCAACAAUUUGAGGCAAAAACCAAAUUGCCAAAAUCUUAUGGUGUUUUGGGCGCUGCAUCCUUGUAUUUGUUGCUAAUUUUCAUCAAUGUUGGUGGAAUCGGUGAGAUUUUGUCGAAUUUCGUGGGAUUCGUGGUCCCAGCGUAUUAUUCGCUAAUCGCACUCAGAACGACUGCGUCGGCAGAUGACACGGAACUGCUUACCUACUGGGUGGUAUUUGCGUUUUUGAACGUGAUUGAGUUCUGGUCGAAGGCCAUUCUCUACUGGAUUCCAUUCUACUGGUUCCUCAAGACCCUAUUGUUGGUGUACUUGGCUUUGCCCCAAACCAACGGUGCCAAAUACGUUUACAAGACGAUUUUGGAACCAGUCUCCCAAAAGUACAUUAAAACACCUCACUCUGCCAAGACCGGUGACAUCGGCUCCAAAAUGGAAAACUUGACGUCUCACGGCAAGACUUCUGGUUUUGAAUCUCAUCAGAUUUGA